UUUCCCAUGAGGAGGGAAAGCAAAACCCAAGUUAAGAGGGGGGCAUCACUUUCCCCCCUACUUUCCCAUGUGCCAGGAAUCCGUUUCCCAUUCCCGGACUUACCAAACAUGGGAAAGCAAUUGAAUUCCCAUUCCUAUGCCUCCUUUCCCACGAACCAAACGGCCCCUGCUAAGGCCAUCAACUCUAAAAAAUUUGUCACUGACCGGAUGUGUUCUAAGACUUCCACCCAGUUUUGACAGAUUCAGUCAUCUAACAACUCUUUAUCUGUACGAAGUUAUCGUAGACAACAUUUCUCUGGCACGUCUCUUAUCUGACUGUUUGCUCCUUGAAAGCUUGACCUUGGAUUAUUGCUGGGGUGCCUCGGAGUUGAUGGUUAAAGGUCCAUCACUUCGUCUCAAUGAUUUGAAAGUGUUCCAUUGUUUUGAUAUGCAAAGAGUUGAUAUUUCUCUAGUAAAGCUUGCUUCCUUGGAGAUCUUGAGUGGAAGUUUACACAUGAAUCUUUCCAUCAAACCUCCAUAUCCAGCAAAAAUUUCUUUUGGUUCGAUUCUUUACUUUAACUUAUGUGCUCGACUAACCCAAUUUGCAUCGUUUUCUUGGCUUGAGACUCUUCAUCUGCAACUGGAGAUGCUGCGUCAUGAUGAAUUGCCCCGAAGCUUACCAACGUUCAGAGACCUCAAGAAACUGGAGGUGGAUCUGUUGUUUUCGCCGAAAGCUGACCUCGCGGGGGUUCUGAAUCUUCUCAAGGCUACACCUUUUCUGGAACAACUUGUAGUAUCGGUAUUGCAUGUAUGGGGUGCUUGUUUCGGUGAUAGUUUCUGUGAGGAUGAACAGGAGAUACGAAAAUUUUCGGGGCUGAAACAUAAUCAUCUGAGAAAAGUUAAGUUGCAGGCAUUUCGAAGUACGCCGUACGAGAUAGAGUUUGCCAUUUCUAUCUUGAAGAACACAACAAAGCUCGAGAUCAUGGAAAUCGAUCCGUUUGGAGAAAUAUAUCUGGGUGCUGGAGUGUGGCGCAAGGUCUUGGGCAUACGCGGUCUAUAUGCAUCAAACUCAUCUUGGGAAGAAAAAGACAGGGCACUUGUACAAGAGAAACUAAAGGAAGUAAAGACUGAUGCCAGAAUUAUAGUUCUGUAAUGGUUUUAUUGAAACUUUAAUUAGGACAAUCUAAUUAUUGAAAGGUUUGAUAAAUUUUAUUAGGG